UUAAUUCAUUACUCUCCCCCACAGCGAAUAUAACCAGGAGGAAAGGAGAGAGAAUCUAGCUUAGUGAGAAAGAGAGAGAUAGAGAGAGAAGAGGAGGAGGAAGAAAGAAUAAGAAGAAGAAGAAGAAGAAGAAGAAGAGGACCUUGCCUGCAAGUUGUCGUCUUCUUUUACAAUUCACUGAUUGGUGUUGCAUUUCAUUUUGAUGGGUAACAAAGGAGGAGGUGCUUCUCCGGAGGAGGACGGAUCAGACGAUUCUGAAAAUAUGUUGGAGGGCCCAUCCUAUCUUGUGUCAAGAGAGCUACCAAGCUCCUGCGAGCAAGAAAGUAAGUGGAUUUACAAUACUUAUCGAGUGAUUGAGCUCUCAAACAAUAAGCGCAGGUUGGAAGAUGGAGAACACUUCCCAUCAGCAAAAUUAUGCAAGAUAUCUGAUGCUCCAGAAGGAAAGGAAGCACCAGCAGAUAGUAAUGAACUUCCCCUUGUCCAAGCAGCGAAAUUAUGCAAGAUAUCUGAUGCUCCAGAAGGAGAGGAAGCACCGGCAGAUAGUAACGAACUUCCCCUUGUCCAAGCAGCAAAAUUAUGCAAGAUAUCUGAUGCUCCAGAAGGAGAGGAAGCAACGGCAGAUAGUAACGAACUUCCCCUUGUCCAAGCAGCAAAAUUAUGCAAGAUAUCUGAUGCUCCAGAAGGAGAGGAAGCACCGGCAGAUAGUAACGAACUUCCCCUUGUCCAAGCAGCGAAAUUAUGCAAGAUAUCUGACGCUCCAGAAGGAGAGGAGGCACCAGCAGAUAGUAACGAACUUCCCCUUGUCCAAGCAGACCCAUCAGAUGACCAGAAUCAUGCAGGGGAUUAUUCUGAUGUUAGUUCACUCAUCCACCAACUUGGUCGGGAUAUCUCAAUCAACUGUCUCUUACGCUGCUCAAGGUCUGAUUAUGGCUCAAUUGCCUCGUUGAAUAGAAGUUUUCGUUCACUAAUUCGCAGUGGAGAGCUCUAUAGGCUGAGGCGGGAGAUGGGUAUUAUAGAACAUUGGGUUUAUUUCUCAUGCAGCCUCCUUGAAUGGGAGGCAUUUGAUCCAAAUCAACGCCGUUGGAUGCAUUUGCCUAAAAUGAAUUCAAAUGAUUGCUUCAUGUGUUCUGACAAGGAGUCAUUGGCCGUUGGUACAGAACUCCUCGUUUUUGGAAAGGAAAUAACGUCCCAUGUUAUUUAUAAAUAUAGCAUUUUGUCCAACACGUGGUCAUCUGGCAUGAAAAUGAAUACGCCAAGGUGCUUAUUUGGCUCUGCUAGUCUCGGGGAGAUCGCCAUUUUAGCUGGCGGUUGUGGUCCAAGUGGCAAUAUCUUGAACUCUGCUGAGCUAUACAAUUCAGAGACAGGAGAUUGGGUUACUCUUCCUAGCAUGAAUAAGCCGAGAAAAAUGUGCUCGGCAGUAUUCAUGCACGGAAAAUUUUAUGUUAUUGGUGGAAUUGGGGAGGGCAGCCCAAAGUCGCUUACAUGUGGGGAAGUGUAUGAUCUUGAGAAGAUGACUUGGACUGAGAUACCUGAUAUGUUCCCUGGCCUAAAUGGAGGGGCUGGAGUGACUGAGGCACCUGCUGCAGCUGAGGCACCUCCUCUGCUCGCUGUUGUAAAUAACAUUUUGUAUGCUGCGGAUUAUGUAGGAAAGGGGGUUAUGAGAUACAACAAGGAAGAAAAUAAGUGGGAUCAAAUUGGGAGUUUACCUGAUAGGGCAGUCUCAAUGAAUGGAUGGGGUUUAGCAUUUAGGGCAUGUGGAGAUCGGUUAAUAGUUAUUGGUGGACCAAGGGCUUUAGGCGGAGGAACAAUUGAACUAAAUUCUUGGAUCCCUGAUGAAGGGCCGCCAGAAUGGAAUGUGCUUGCCAGCAAGCAAUCUGGCAGCUUUGUGUAUAAUUGCGCGGUAAUGGGAUGCUGAGGUGUCCAGUUUUGCUGACACCAUGUGUGCUGUGUGGAGAGUCCUCUUGGAAUGGAAUUUACAAUCUUCGUUUUUCAAGGAGAUGGAAUUCCAGCUCAUGGGUAAUCUCUGCCCUCCUCUUUUGGGGAAAUUUAUGGUUUUAAUUUAGAUAUAGAAAGAAUUCACAGAAGGACUGGGGGUUUUAAUUUCCUUUCUCUUUUUUUCCUUUUUCCGUUGCGUCUUUUCCCUUUUUUAGUUACCAUGAGAGCUCAAAGGUUGGAAUUAUGUAGAACAGGCACAGGUGAAUAAACUCAAGUACUGGUAAAUGUUUUAGGUUGUUGUGACUAUUUCCAUAAGUUUUAUUGAAAAGUUCUGAAUUGUGUAA